CGAGAAUCAUUCAAGCUUCGAUGAUGACGACUCUCUAUCUUCUUCACAUUCACAUUCAAUUAUUGAAGAAGAAAUUGACUUUAGUCUAGUCUAUGCCUUACAUAACUUUAAUAGAAUAGUUGAAGGUCAAGCUAGCGUUGUGAAAGGAGAUUCAUUAAGUUUGUUGGAUGACACAAAUAGUUAUUGGUGGCUAGUUAAAGUUUUACCGACUGAUGAAAUCGGAUAUAUACCUGCUGAAAAUAUUGAAACACCAUACGAAAGGCUAGCAAGAUUGAAUAAACAUCGGAACAUCAAUCUAACAUCCUCACAAAACGAUACCGAAUCGGAUAACUCGCUUCCCAACAUUUCAACAAAGACUGUCACUUUUGCAUCUCCAUUAAUUGUAGCAGAGGAAUCCGAUGAUAAAUAUUAUGGGGAUGAAGAAAAUAAAAAUUAUGUGGGUAAAAUUGAUGUGACUACACAGUUAGUCGUACAGCAUGAGAAAAUAAAUGAUAUACAAUUAGUAAAUGACCCAGAAGAACUAAAAUAUGCUGAUAAGCAAGUAAUAAAUCCUGAAAGUAAUCAUUCUAUGAGUCAAGAGAAUAAUACAAUAUCCAAUAAUUCCGUUAAAGUAACCGGAAGUGAAACCGUUGAAUUUAAUGCUAAAAGAACGGAUGAUGAUGAAGAACUGAAUCAACAACAUAGACAAGAGAAGAAUCAACAACAUAGACAAGAGCAACAACAUGGGCAAGAGAAGAAUCAACAAUAUAUACAAGAGAAGAAUCAACAAAAUAAACAAAAUAAACAGAUAUCACAACAAGGCGAUGAUAUAAGGCAACUAUCACAACGGUCACAAGCAUACCAAAUGAAAAAGCAAGCUGGACAAUUAGAAAAUAAUUUAACAUACGAUCAAUCAACGCAUAAUCCUAGUUCCUCGAACUAUAACAUAGAAGAUGUUAAAGAUAAUAGAUGUGAGGCCAUUAAAGUGUCAUUGGCUUCAGUUUUAAAUAGUGACUUUAUUGAUUUCUCGUUUAUUAAUUUAUCGGAUGUGGAACAUGAAGGAAAAAAAAUAAAGACAAACCUUGGUAGAUCUUUCGAAAAAGCGGGUAAUGCUAGUGAGUCUACAAGAACUAAUGUAGCAUUCAGUGAAUCCAUUAAGAAUGCAGAA